AUGGAUGCUUUCCAGACGCGCUGCCCUGAGCAUGAAGAGAUCAUUGUUCUGGGACUUGGUUAUCCAGUGUAUUGGACAAGGGUGUGGAAAAACAUCCCACCUCUGCAGGAGGAUUUGGUUGAAGAGGCAUCUGUGCCUCAGAUCAACUGUGAUGUCAAAGCUGGAAAGAUCAUCAAUCCAGAGUUCAUAGUGAAAUGUCCUGCAGGAUGCCAAGACCCCAGAUACCACGUUUACGGCAGUGGCGUCUAUGCAUCUUACUCCAGCGUGUGUGGUGCCGCAGUUCACAGUGGUGUGCUGGAUAGUUCAGGAGGGAAAAUCCUUGUUCGGAAAGUUGCCGGGCAGUCUGGUUACAAAGGAAGUUACUCGCAUGGUGUUCAAUCUUUGUCCUUGCCAAGAUGGAGAGAGUCUUUUAUCAUCUCAGAAAGUAAACCCCAAAAGGGUGUAGCCUACCCAUCCACUCUUACAUACUCAUCGUCCAACACUCCAGCUGCCAAAGCAGGUGAGACCACAAAGCCCUAUGAGAAGCCAUCUGGUCCAGGGACAACCACACAGCCUAUCACCCUGACACAAGCUGUAGCUAUCCCACUAGCUGAGGCCACCCACAGAGCCACCUCCAAGCCGUUCGCAGCAUCUGUUACCAGCAGCCCCAGACCCCAACCCGUAGGCCACAGGAGCCAGGAGAUGGGAGAGACCAACCUGUGGAACCCUGGACCAGUCCUUUUAGAUUCAGGAUUCGUGCCAAAAGAAGAACUCAGCACACAGUCUUCAGAGCCAGUGUCCCAGGGAGAUCCAAACUGCAAAGUUGACUUGUCAUUUUUAAUCGAUGGGAGCGCCAGCAUCGGCAAGCGCCGAUUCGGGAUCCAGAAGCAGUUCCUUGCGGACGUCGCCCAGGCGCUUGACAUCGGCCCUGCUGGUCCUCUUGUGGGUGUUAUUCAGUACGGAGACAACCCUGCUACCCAGUUUAACCUCAAAGCUCACAUGACUUCUCAGGAUCUAAAGACAGCUAUAGAGAAAAUUACCCAGCGAGGAGGCCUGUCUAAUGUAGGCCGUGCCAUUUCCUUCGUAACCAAGAACUUCUUUUCCAAAGCAAAUGGAAACAGGGGUGGUGCUCCCAAUGUCGCCGUAGUCAUGGUGGAUGGCUGGCCCACAGACAAAGUAGAAGAGGUGUCACGAGUUGCAAGGGAGUCGGGGAUCAAUGUCUUCUUCAUCACUGUCGAAGGGGCUGCUGAAAGCGAGAAGCAGUAUGUGAUGGAGCCCAACUUUGCCAGCAAGGCAGUGUGCAGGACAAACGGCUUCUACUCCUUCAACGUGCAGAGCUGGUUCAGCCUUCACAAGAUCUUGCAGCCCCUAGUGAAGCGGGUCUGUGACUCAGACCGCCUGGCCUGCAGCAAGACCUGCUUAAACUCAGCCGACAUCGGCUUUGUCAUUGACGGCUCGAGCAGCGUCGGGACAAGCAACUUCCGCACAGUCCUGCAGUUCGUGGCCAACCUCAGCAAGGAGUUUGAGAUCUCAGACACCGAUACGCGCAUCGGGGCUGUGCAGUACACCUAUGAGCAGCGGCUGGAAUUUGGGUUCGACAAGUACAACAGCAAAAAUGACAUCCUUAGUGCCAUCAGGAGGGUAGGGUACUGGAGUGGAGGCACCAGCACAGGGGCUGCCAUCCAGUACGCCCUUGAACAACUCUUUAAGAAAUCCAAACCGAAUAAGAGGAAGGUGAUGAUCCUCAUCACUGACGGCAGGUCCUAUGAUGACAUACGGAUCCCAGCCAUGGCUGCCUACCAGAGGGGGGUGAUCACAUAUGCGAUAGGCAUCGCAUGGGCUGCUCAGGAUGAGCUGGACGUAAUAGCCACCCACCCUGCCAGGGACCAUUCCUUCUUUGUGGAUGAGUUUGACAACCUCUACAAGUUCGUACCCAGGAUCAUCCGGAAUAUCUGUACGGAGUUCAACUCGCAGCCUCGGAACUGAGUUUGGAGCAGACAGAGAAGGGCGGAGGGUGCCUUACUGACUCUUGGGACGGUCAUGCAGCAU